AGUUGAUGUGUGCGCAGAACAGAGAAGAGAAACUUCCUUGACUGUCGGGCUCAGUGUCCUGACGGCGCAGAGAGGACGCCUUUUUCAAACACUGUACACAUGAAUUUGAGAUAAACUGGGACAUUAACAGAGCACCAUGAGCCGUGGAUCUAAAACUAAAGCAGUGAGCGUCGGCAGCUCUCUGCUGAGCCUGCAGGAGAAUGAGAAGCUGGAGGAGCUGCUGGGCAGAAGGUGUGCUUCCAUGGCCACCGCAGUAGCUCAGCUGUUCAUGGCUCUGCCUCACAGUCCCUCCAUGUGGAGCCUGCAGCACACCGGGGUGGUUUGUCUCAUCAAAGACAACCCUCAGCGCUCCUACUUCAUACGGAUGUAUGAUUUGAAGGCGGGGCGGCAGGUUUGGGACCAGGAGCUCUACAACCAAAUUGUUUACUCGUCGCCACUGCCGUACUUUCAUACCUUUGCUGCGGAUGACUGUCAGGUCGGCCUGAACUUCGCCGAGCAACAGGAAGCAGAAGUUUUCCAAAAUGCUGUCGAGGAGAAAAUCAGCCAGAGACAAAACCGUGCAGAUAAGAAACAGCGCCCCCUGCCGCCCAGUGAUAGAGGUUCCCUGCCUCGUCCACCUGAAAAAGCGUCAUCUGGCAGCCCUGGUUCUUUCCACAUGGCCACAGUGGACAUCCAAAACCCAGAUAUCCACACUUCACGGUACCGCUCGAUGCCUUCACCUGCUGUUUCCUCAGCUCUGAUGGGCAAAGGAAAGAAGGAUAAGAAGAAAGGAAAAAAGGGGCCCAAACUUUCCAAAGCAGACAUAGGUGCACCCAGUGGAUUUAAGCAUGUUAGUCAUGUCGGCUGGGAUCCAAACAACCUUGACCCUGAUCUGUGGAAGCUGCUCUCUCAAGCUGGGAUCAGUGAAGAUGAAAUGAGGGAUGAAAAGACCUCCCAGCUCAUCUAUAAUGUCAUCGAGCAGUCUGGAGGCAUGGAGGCGGUCAAAAGGGAGGUGAACAGAGCUGGUGGACCUCCAGCAGACAGAGGCAGACAAGGACCUCUGCCUCCUGUGCCGGGCUCCCACGCUCCAACCCCUCCUCCUUCCCGAGGCCGAUCUGGCCCCCUGCCUCCUCUCCCAGGCCAGUCACCUCGAGGGACGCCGCCCCCUCAUCCGCCUCACCCUCGUGGAGGCUUGCCACCGCCACCUCCUGCAACAAGCAGAGGCGGCCCUCCACCUCCACCGCCACCAGCUCACUCUCCAUCCUCUCACUUCUCCUCAUCGCCAUCAUCAAAGCCCUCUCACAACUUGCCUCCUCCCCUGCCGCCUUCUAGCCAACAGCGCUCCAUGGGGUUCCCACCUCCACCUGUACCAUCUACACCCAGCAGAGGAGGUGGUGGGGGAGGAGGACCCCCCCCACCUCCUCCUCCGCCACCUCCUCCACCUUCCCUACCUGCUAUGUCUUCAAAUUUCCCACCUCCUCCUCCUCCUCUUUCUGGAGGUCCACCACCACCACCUGCUCCUGUAUCUGGAGGCGGAGACAGUAGAGGAGCUCUGCUGGAUCAGAUCCGACUGGGGAAGAAACUCAGAAAUGUGACAGACAGUCCUGAUGCAGCUCCACCACCAUCACCAGAGACGGGUGAAGGCAUCGUUGGUGCUCUCAUGAUGGUCAUGCAGAAGAGGAGUAAAGUUAUCCAUUCCUCUGAUGAAAGUGAAGAUGACGGUGGAGAUGAAGACGAUGACGACGAUGAAUGGGACGACUGAUGUUGAAGUUCUUGUUUGUGUGAAUUUUAAAUCUCGAUUUAACUGUGAUUUCGGUCACAAACCUCUGAAUUACUAUACUGGUACAUGUUGGAUUUCAGGUUCAACAAUUGAUAAUAAAACUGGAAUAUGACUUGAGGUGAUUAACCCUUUGAAA